UGCCGUCCUACGCGAUACGAGGGGCUAUGGUGGGGCUCGAAGCGCACACCAUGGUACGGUGGAAGUAUUGCCUGGUGCUGGCGCUGCUGCUCCUGAGGACCGAUGCCAAGGACGACGACGAUGAUGAAGAAGGUGAGGAUAACGAUGACGAGGAAGACGACGACACGGACGAAUCGGACGAAGACGAAGAACGGGCGGACACGAUGGACAUACCACCGGGACGGCGGACGCGGGUAUUAGGCACGCCUGUCCCAGAAGUGGGCCCUACGCCUAGCAGGACAACGAAGAGGGCUCCCCUCGAGUGCUACGUGUGUGGGUACAGAAGCGAGAUGCCGCUACGGUCGUGCCUCGACCCUGCUAAAUAUAGGGUCCACUCAGUGACAUGUCACAACUUAGAAGACAAGUGCUUCACAACAGUAAUAUCGAAGGACAAAGCGUAUGUGGCCGUCAUCCGAGGCUGCCGUACCGGCUGUGUUGGCUCACCGGACACUACGUGCUGUGAGCGGGACCGCUGCAACAACCAAGCGUUUGCGAUGCCCAUAGUACCUCGCGCGCAUUCCGAAAGUACAGGAACGGAGACCGAGGCAUUAUCCACAGCUACUAAAACUACGCCGUCAAACGUGCUGUUCUUCGUCACGGUACUGUUGCUACUGCAUACAGUGGCCAAGGUAGCUUUUGUGUAACAAAUAAACAUGUUUGUAGGUAGUGCCUGAGCACAGUAAGCACAAACCGCUAUCAUCUACUGCUGGGAAGACGCCUUCCAAUGUGCUUUGCUUUAUCACCGUGCCACUGCUUCUGCAGAUGUUAUUUGAGGCUUCCGUGUGACAGAUACAAUGUCGCAAUGCAGUGCUUGUUAAACCUGUCUAUUGAGUGUAGAAAUCUAACCCACGUCGUUCGGCACAAUGCUUCUACUUCUCCUUCAGAGUUACGCGCUCUUGGUAUUUAGAAAAAGAAAGCAGUGCGAUUAAAAUGACUACGCUUUUAGAACCAUAGA